UAAUAAUAGAAAAUAAUGAGAGGAAAAAAAAGCAAUCGCGAAUGCGUAGCAAACAAUAUCGUGAGGUGAAAUCCGUACGCGCUGAAUUAAAUAGAAUGCAAUAUGUUCAAGAUCAAGUUAUGGAUAUUAACAAUUUAGAUGACUCAAAUCAUUUAUCUUCUUUAUCAGAAGGUACACAUUAGAGAAAGAGAGAAUUCUGGAGUCAUUAGAAGCGACAGAAAUGAGAAGUCUGAUUGUGACGUGACUAGGAAGAAGAAGUUGGUGUCAGGGAGUAUAAGAAUAAAAGAAAUAAUAACUGAAGGUUUUAAAAAAAAAAGCAAAGGAGGAACUAGUCGUUGUCAUUCGUCACUUCCGCUAAAUAAACCGGGAUUUCUUCCUUUCGUCGAGAAUAGAAAAAAAGAAAUCUGCUUUGUCUGUAUAAGUACACAUUGGCGUUCUUUUAUUCUUUCUUCCGGGCUUUUUCUUUAAUCUCCUCUCUCUCCUUUCCUUUUAUAUAUCCUCCUGACCUUCGACCUAUACACUUCCUUUUCCGACUUCUUUCGUAUCGCAGAGUCCUUCACAACCCCACGACCCGAAUUGUACUAGAACCCCUUAUGACGCCUUUAGCCCUCGCGAAUUUCAUAAAAAAAAAGAAGAGGAUAUAUAAAUUUAAAAAAAUAGAAAAAGGAACGGUUUUAUUUCCUUUUUUUUUUGAAAGAGGGCAAUUUUUUAAACAAAGAGAUUCUUUAAUGGAUUUGUUUUGAUCGCGGGAAAUAAAUAGGAAAACGUAUCUAUAUUUAGAAGUAAGAAUAAGAAAAUUUGAAAUUUACCUAAUGGAUUGUUUUUCACAUUGCGGUAGAAGGAAAAGUUUUGCAUCUGUUUUAAAAAAAAUUUUAAUACUUUUACGUUUGUUUUGAAUGACUGAAAAUUUAUGUUUUUCACGACGAAUGUUUUCAUUGGUAUUAUGCGUGUAAGAUGAUUGAAAUGUUUUAGAAUGUAAAAUUCUAUUUAAUUUUCGGGUAUAAACGUCAUUACUGACUUGGGAUAGUUUUUCGCCUUUUUCGUCAAUAUUUAAAACUCUAAGUUUCAUUUUUGGAUUCAUCAGGAUGAAAACUAGAAAUCACUAUCAACGGUUGCUACAGAAACCGCUUCCAUAGCAAUCGUUGCUAAGGUUUUCGUUGCUAUGGUAACAAUUGCUGUAUAGUAACCGCUACCAUGGCAACCGUUGCUAUGGUAACAAUUGCUAUAGCAAAUGUUACCAUAGCAACUGUUGCCAUGGUAACAGUACAGUUGCUAUAGAAACCACUUCCAUAGCAACAGUUUCUAUGGAUACCGCUACCAUAGCAACCGUUGCUUAACUAUAUCAAUUGCUAUAGUAACCGUUGCUAUAAUAAUUAUUAUAAUAAUAACCAUUGCCAUAAAAACAAUGUCGAAUCAUGAUGAAGUUAUC